CACGGCACACAGAACUCAUCAGUGCUGCUGGACGUCCAGUAUGCCCCAAAAAACACAUCAUUGUCAGUGUUUCCCUCCGGCUCAGUGAUGAGGGCCAAUCCAGUGACUCUGAGCUGCAGCAGUGAUGCAAACCCAGCAGUGAACUACACCUGGUACAGAGACACUGAGAGACCUCUGAAUCCAGUUCAGACCGGACCAAACCUGACCAUCAACAACACCGACCCGACACACAGCGGACGAUACUACUGUACAGCUGAGAACAAACAUGGCACACAGAACUCAUCAGUGCUGCUGGACGUCCAGUAUGCUCCAAAAAACACAUUGUUGUCAGCGUUUCCCUCCGGCUCAGUGAUGAGGGGCAAUCCAGUGACUCUGAGCUGCAGCAGUGAUGCAAACCCAGCAGUGAACUACACCUGGUACAGAGACACUGAGAGACCUCUGAAUCCAGUUCAGACCGGACCAAACCUGACCAUCAACAACACCAACCCGACACACAGCGGACGAUACUACUGUACAGCUGAGAACAAACACGGCACACAGAACUCAUCAGUGCUGCUGGACGUCCAGUAUGCUCCUAAAAACACAUCCGUGAGGAUAAAUCCAGCUGGUUUAGUUCUGGAGGGCCGUUCAGUGACUCUGAGCUGCAGCAGUGAUGCAAACCCAGCAGUGAACUACACCUGGUACAGAGACACUGAGAGACCUCUGAAUCCAGUUCAGACCGGACCAAACCUGACUAUCAACAACACCGACCCGACACACAGCGGACGAUACUACUGUACAGCUGAGAACAAACAAGGCACACAGAACUCAUCAGUGCUGCUGGACGUCCAGUAUGCUCCAAAAAACACAUCAUUGUCAGCGUUUCCCUCCGGCUCAGUGAUGAGGGGCAAUCCAGUGACUCUGAGCUGCAGCAGUGAUGCAAACCCAGCAGUGAACUACACCUGGUACAGAGACACUGAGAGACCUCUGAAUCCAGUUCAGACCGGACCAAACCUGACCAUCAACAACACCGACCCGACACACAGCGGACGAUACUACUGUACAGCUGAGAACAAACACGGCACACAGAACUCAUCAGUGCUGCUGGACGUCCAGUAUGCUCCUAAAAACACAUCAGUGAGGAUAAAUCCAGCUGGUUUAGUUCUGGAGGGCCGUUCAGUGACUCUGAGCUGCAGCAGUGAUGCAAACCCAGCAGUGAACUACACCUGGUACAGAGACACUGAGAGACCUCUGAAUCCAGUUCAGACCGGACCAAACCUGACCAUCAACAACACUGACCCGACACACAGCGGACGAUACUACUGUACAGCUGAGAACAAACACGGCACACAGAACUCAUCAGUGCUGCUGGACGUCCAGUAUGCUCCUAAAAACACAUCCGUGUCUCUAAAUCCAGCUGGUUUAGUUCUGGAGGGCCGUUCAGUGACUCUGAGCUGCAGCAGUGAUGCAAACCCAGCAGUGAACUACACCUGGUACAGAGACACUGUGAGACCUCUGAAUCCAGUUCAGACCGGACCAAACCUGACCAUCUACAACACCGACCCGACACACAGCGGACGAUACUACUGUACAGCUGAGAACAAACACGGCACACAGAACUCAUCAGUGCUGCUGGACGUACAGUUUGCUCCAAAAAACACAUCAUUGUCAGCGUUUCCCUCCGGCUCAGUGAUGAGGGGCAAUCCAGUGACUCUGAGCUGCAGCAGUGAUGCAAACCCAGCAGUGAACUACACCUGGUACACAGAGACAGGAUCUCAGUUUGAGCUCCUCCAGACUGGAUAUAAUCACAGCUACAUUGUGACAAACCCUACACACGGUGCACGGUAUGGCUGUAAAGCUCAAAACCAGCAUGGCCACUGCAAUGCCUCAAUUCAACUGGAUGUUCAGUUUGCUCCCAAUAUCUCCAGCUCUUGCAGCCGAAGCAGUGUAACGAAGUGUGUCUGUGAGGCUCAUGGGAAUCCCUGCCCUACACUAGAGUGGCGUCUGUCCAGACAUGAGCUCUCUAACUCUGCAGAAACCUCCAUCAGUGAGGAGACGUUAGGAAGCACAGGAGUGAAGAGUGUCCUGACCAUCCAUCAGUCCCUCACAGACACGGACGUCCUGCAGUGUUUCGCACAAACAAACAAACUCGGCAGCGUCAGAGCCAGCCACAGUUUCAGGCCGUUUCCAUCCUCCGUCGUUGCUGCUCGGAGCUGCGGGCGGAGCCUCAAUGCUGAUGAUCCGGUGCAUCCUGAUGCUCUGCUCUGA